AUGGGGAAAUAUGGGGAGGCUCUAUGGGGAUAUGGGGAGGUUGCGUCUGUGGGCAGCAGGAGUGGUAGCAGUAAUGGUAGCAGGAUUGGUAGCAGGAGUGGUAGUAUGGGUGGUAGCAUGGAUGGUAGCAUGGAUGGUAGCAUGGAUGGUAGCAUGGAUGGUAGCAUGGUUGGUAGCAUGGAUGGUAGCAUGGGUGGUAGCAUGGAUGGUAGCAUGGGUGGUAGCAUGGAUGGUAGCAUGGGUGGUAGCAUGGGUGGUAGCAUGGGUGGUAGCAUGUGUGGUAGCAUGGAUGGUAGCAUGGAUGGUAGCAUGGAUGGUAGCAUGAGUGGUAGCAUGGGUGGUAGCAUGGAUGGUAGCAUGGAUGGUAGCAUGGGUGGUAGCAUGGAUGGUAGCAUGGGUGGUAGCAUGGAUGGUAGCAUGGGUGGUAGCAUGGAUGGUAGCAUGGAUGGUAGCAUGGGUGGUAGCAUGGGUGGUAGCAUGGAUGGUAGCAUGGAUGGUAGCAUGGGUGGUAGCAUGGAUGGUAGCAUGGGUGGUAGCAUGGGUGGUAGCAUGGGUGGUAGCAUGGAUGGUAGCAUGGGUGGUAGCAUGGGUGGUAGCAUGGAUGGUAGCAUGGAUGGUAGCAUGGGGGGUAGCAUGGAUGGUAGCAUGGGUGGUAGCAUGCGCAUGGUCGUUUGGCACGGAAUGGUUGACUUGCAAGAGGAUGACUGGCACGGGGGGCGGGGUUGCCAAGUCUGA